CAUGGUUGACAAAGUUAAGAUUCGAUUUUUUUUUCUCUCGAAUAAAAUUAGGGAUUAUUUUGAUUUAACUGUUUCCGUUUGCAUAAUAUGUCUUCUUGCCAUUAAAUUAUAUACUGUUACAGUAUUAGUUACAUUAUAGAAUUGCUUAAAUGAGUAUUUGGGAGCUUGCCUUUAGAAUCCUCAGAGGAAGAAACAGAACCUUGUAAAAGCUUUCUCAGACGCCUGAAAAAAAUUUUUUUUCUUACUAUCGUAAAUCGGUUGAAGGAUUAUAAUUAUGCUUUAAGUUACUUAAACUAUUCAAACUAUUCAGCAGCUCUUUUGAAGAUGAAUAGCCGGAUCGAGUUGGGAGAUGUAACACCACACAAUAUUAAACAGUUGAAGAGAUUGAACCAGGUCAUUUUUCCAGUCAGCUACAAUGACAAGUUCUACAAGGAUGUGCUGGAGGUUGGCGAGCUAGCAAAACUUGCCUAUUUCAAUGAUAUUGCUGUAGGUGCAGUAUGCUGCAGGGUGGAUCAUUCACAGAAUCAGAAGAGACUUUACAUCAUGACACUAGGAUGUCUUGCACCUUACAGAAGGCUAGGAAUAGGAACUAAAAUGUUAAAUCACGUCCUAAACAUCUGUGAAAAAGAUGGCACUUUUGACAACAUCUAUCUGCACGUUCAGAUCAGCAAUGAGUCAGCAAUUGACUUCUACAGGAAGUUUGGCUUUGAGAUUAUUGAGACAAAGAAGAACUACUAUAAGAGGAUAGAGCCUGCAGAUGCUCAUGUGCUUCAGAAAAACCUCAAAGUCCCUUCUGGUCAGAAUGCAGAUGCGCAGAAAACAGACAACUGAACAAAUUACAAAUGAACUUUCUUGCACUUGCUUGUCGCCAAAUAAAAGAGAGGCCCAUUGAUUCCCUGCCCCUGUCCCCCGCCUUUCCUAAGUUUUCCUCCCUCCUUGUUCCUUUUUUUCCUCAUUUCUUUUCUUCCUCUAGAAGUUUUAAUACUUUCAAGGACUUUUAAAAAUAAUCAU